GUCGACUGGUGUGUGUGUGUGUGUGUGUGGUAGUGUUCUAGUUGUAGAACCGAGAGUCGCUGCAACUCGUCUCCUCGACAGUAGGUUUAAAUAAGAUGUGAUUCGGAGGGAUAAUAUUAACGAAAUGUACUAGAAUUCAUACAGUACAACACGUUCUUUGACUAAAAAAAACAUGUCGUCGUCGUCGCCGUCGACGAGUUGUGGAACCAGUACGAUGAAGAAACUGUGGACUGCUUUGCUAUUUGGACUUUUCUUUGUUACGUGUAGUUGUAACAAAGAAGAAAUUAGCGACAUUCACAACUAUCUUCAAGACUUAAAUGGUAAAGAAUCUUCUGCCAAUCAGCAAGUUUUAGUCGGUGUCAGGAGGUUAUGGGGGAUACCGGAUACCACAGCAUCCGUUGGAAGGUUAUUUAAUUACGUUAUCCCCGAAGAUGCUUUUUCUGGUUUAGUAGAACGAUACGUUGUGACAGAGGCAGGAGAACAAAUCCUACCUAGUUGGCUUUAUUUUGAAGAGGAAACACGCACAUUCCGAGGUGUACCUACCGAACAAGACAUCGGGCACGCUUAUAUUAGCGUGAAAGCAGUAGCAAAGAGUACAGAAGAUGAUCCACUUAUCGCCAAAGAUGUUUUCUCAAUCGAAAUAGUAGAUGAUUCCUUCCAAUAUACUAAUCGUGAAAAAGAAAAAUGUCCAUCUCCCUCAAGUCGCACAGUUCUUACUGUUAUUGCAGAUGCCAAUAUGGCCGAUCUUCCUCCCUACAGAAGAUACGACUUAAUCACUAAAAUGGCCUCAAUCAUAAAACUCGAAACACGUGAUAUAAAACUGGUCACGUUAGGUGGAGAGAAAGCAUUCGAUGAACAAGCUAUAGUAGCUGGACCAGGAAAUAUUCAUAGCAGAGACGGAGCUGGAGUAAUUCUUAAAUGGAUCGUCGGUUGCGAAGGAAACAUUAAAGAUACGGAAAGUGUUAAUUUGGUAGAAAAAUUAGCGAAAAAUGGAGAAUUAGCAUCUCAAUUGGGACUUCCCAUAGUUGGAUGGCACGUUACAAAUCAGCAUCCAACAAUACAAGUAAGAAUGAAAAGACAAAACCAUGUUUUAUACGGUACUCCCGUGCCAGGAAUUGUACCAACAAUGUGGACAUCGGAAACAAUUGACGACAUCGAACCAACAGAAGAUUCCGUCAUACCGGAAUCUAGAGUCGUUCCUACAAUGUCUUCCCCGAUAUAUACUACUACCACGCAUCGUCAUCGUCAUCAUCACAGUGCUACGGAUCGUGGACAUCAUCAUCAUAUAGUGCCCAGUAGUCCUACAUUUAUGCUUCAUUCUACUCCAAUUGUUGUUCCUGUUGUUCCCACAGAUUACGUUGAAUCCAGCUUGUUUACUGAAGAUAUACUACAACCUUCUGUGUCCACACCUCAUAUUUACGUUCCAGAAACGACAUCUCCUACUCCUUCCAUGUCCGAGAGUGAAAUCCAACCAACUAGAACUUAUCCAGUAAUUGAGCCGAGUACGAUUCCAAAUGCCAAACCUAUGGUUGCGAAUAAACUCAAAAAGAUGACACUAAUGGUUGGUAAACUAUGGACAUUUGUUAUACCCGCUAAUACCUUUAACGAUUUCGAAGAUGGUGAUACGCGAAAUCUCAAACUCAUGUUCUUAACUUCCGAAAGGGAAUCAAUACCACAGAAUUCCUGGAUCCAAUUUGAUCCCGUAAAACAAGAACUAUACGCUAUACCACUCGAAGAACACAUAAAAGUCCAUCAUUUCUACAUAGAAGCAAUGGACAGCGAAGGAAAAUCAGCGUUUGAACGUGUUAAUAUAAGAGUUUUACCUCAUCCAAAAUAUCAAUUUACUCACAUGUUCAAAAUGACAAUGAAGUAUUAUAAGUGGCAAUAUCCGGUCGGAAUCGAUUGGCAAAUGGAAGUGAUGAGAAGACUUGCGAGAUUAUAUAAGGAACCGGAUGAUUCGUCAAUUGUUGUGAGAAUGGUUAAUGUAGAUCCAUUAAUAUUUGGUUGGUCGAACGAUACCUUAAGUGAUGCAACUGAUUGCCCACGAGAAGAAAUUUUAAAACUUUAUGACAAGUUAGCAACAGAUUCUGGAGUUACAAGAUCACUUAGAAAGAUUAUGAAUGAGGAGUUUAAAGUUCAGGAAGUGGAUAUUGAAUUUGAGGGCGUUUGCAAACCUCAAAUCACUACCGAAGAACCGGAGGUUAUAGAAUCUCCAACUAUUCGUAAUCCGAUAGACCAUAUAAUCACAUACGAAGGUGAUGUUUUCCAGUAUAUAAUUCCUUCAGAUACUUUCUUUGAUGACAAAGACGGUAGCACACGUAAUUUGACAUUGGAAUUAAAAACGAUAAACAAUGCGGAUCCGGAUGAUUCUUGGAUUAUGUUUGAUCAACGUACUCAAAUGAUUCAAGCCAUGCCAGAUUCUCAACAAGUAAAUAAAUAUGAAUUUCAAAUUAAAGCAACAGAUACUGAUGGAAAUUAUGUAUCGGAUGCAUUUAUAUUCGAAGUUAAAAUGCGUAAAUCACAGAGAUUUAGUGUAGAUUUUAGUAUUUAUUUGGAUGAAGAUUAUGAAGAUUUUAAUAAGAAUAUUGUUAAGAAAAUGCUGGUUUCUCGAAAAUUGGCUAGAAUGUAUGGUGAUUCUGAUACUAAAUCAAUGCGAAUUCUUAAAAUUAAAAAAGGAUCUGUGGUAUAUUCAUGGACUAAUAGCACACUACCUAAUAAAUGUUCGUAUGAUAUCAUAACUCAAUUAGUUAGGAAACUUAUCAAUAAUGAUAACACAGUAACGGAGGAACUUAUCAGAGCACUUCAGCCAGAGUUUAAGAUAACUAAAGUUAAGAUUACACCCGGUCCGAAAUGUAUAGACUUAAAUGAAGAAGAAUCUCUAGAAGUUUCGUGGCCCACCAUUACUACAUUGGAGACUACAUCUAAACCCGCAACGACUAGUGAUGAUGAUAUAUAUAUCACUACAGUCAUUCCUGCCGUGGUUAUUGCUAUCAUGUUAAUAAUUGCUGCAAUGGUAGCAUGCUUUUUAUAUCGUAAGAAAAGAAAAGGUAAAAUGACCAUGCAAGAUACAAGCGGUUUUAUGAGUAAAGGUGUACCGAUCAUUUUCGCUGAUGAAAUCGAAGAGAAAUCGGAUCCAGCAAAACCACCGGUUAUUAUGAAAGACGAGAAACCACCAUUAUCUCAACCGACUUAUCAAACGACCGGUAGUACGGAACCUACACCUCAAAUCGAAAGGAGGGAACCACAGACUGAUCCACCUUAUCAGCCACCUCCACCCUUUACAACUUCUCGAGAAGCCAAAAACGGAAGACCAAAGGCAACACCAACGUACCGUCAACCACCUCCGUAUUACGUUCCCCCUUAAAAAAAAUGUAACCAAUGAGCUUUUCCUAUUGAAAGUAAUUGUCUUGUGUGUGCCUUCGGUCUUAAAAAAAAAAAAAAA